ACACGACUGGGUACCAUCAUCUUCACCAUCAUCCUCACCAUCAUCGUUAUUAGUUUUUCAUACACAAACCAGCCAGCAAGCGUUGCGUAGGGGAGGGGGCUGCAAAGCAACUCGUCUUUCCCACCCAUCAUCAAGUGGCGGUGGCGAGGCCCAAACUGAACAUUGCUGCUACCUUUAAUCCCCCACCUAACGCCGUGUGUGCAACAUCCAGCUAGGAUUAGCGAAUUUCAUACGCGACUCCGUACAGGCCGUCACACUCAGAGUGUAUGAUCUCGGUGAAGUGAGUGGAGCGUAGAACGUUUAAGGCGUCGAGAAAUUUGGACUUAGAUUCUCCAGCUCCGGAUACUGGGAGAGAGGUUUCGUUCAGUUCAGUGCCGGACGCACGAUCCUUAAGAUCGGAUCAGCUUAGUAGUUUCGCGGGUUCCUUGAGUGUCACCGAGUGAGCUGAGUAUAUCCACCACGGAACGAUCGAGUGAUCCAUCCUUUACGUACGCAUUUCGUUUGAUCCAGUACCGUACCCAGCCGGAGACAAACCCAAUCGAUCCCCACCCUGUUCGAUUGGUCGUCUAUUUCGUUAUUGUGCAAGAACGGCCAUCAUCAUCUGAAUGGUCCCCCGAAUGCAGCAAGUUGCUAAUUUUCAGUGCCUAGUUUCCCACAAAACCGUGCCGUGCCGUGUGUGUGCGCCAUGUGCUGCAGAAAUAGUAGUGUGAAGGCGACGCACCGACUGGAUGGACAGUGAGGUGUAAUGAAAGUGCGUCCAACAAGUCAAAUUAUAGCUUCGAAGUAGGUCGAACAGUGUUUGGUGAAUUUAGUGUGCGAGUACCACCCGAUACCACCGCAUCAAACCACAUUCCGAUGAAACAGGUGACAAUCUGCACGAUCGAUAAUCGAUUGAAGGCAAGCUUUCGUCGAGAGUGAGUGAUCAAGUGUCCAAAUAGCGCCAAAAAUGUGCCAUAACCAUCCAAGUGGUUUGUCCGAGUGCUGUCGCCUUGCUCUCCUGCUGCUGUCAACGCUGCUCCUUCUAGUGGACGUUGUAACUACGCACGAAUUCACGAUUGGGCCCUGCCAGUUCCAGUACCUAGAACCGUGCACAUCCAAAACGAUUGCGUUCUACGUCUUCUCCAGCGAGCACCCGAAGGAUGGUCCGAUACUGCUCGACUCGAUCGAUCCACACGUGCCCGAGCAUAUCGCGCUCAACCAUACCAACAAGCUGAUCGUACACGGAUAUGGCGGAAGUAUCGAUUUUAACGCUACCAAAAUGAUCCGUAAAGCGUACUUGCGAAAACCGAACACGAACGUCUUCAUCGUCGAUUGGGGGAAACUGUCCCGGCUGCCCUGCUAUCCGACGGCCGCCUUCAACACGAAGCAGGCGGGCGAAUGUACGGCCACAUUCCUGAUCGGGCUGCAGGCGAACCAUCCGGAGUUUAGUACCCGUGAUCUGCACGCCAUCGGGUUCAGUCUCGGUGCGCACGUGCUGAGCUUCACCAGUAACGCGCUGGAGAAAUCGAUUGGCGUCAAGUUCCGCCGUAUCACAGGUCUCGAUCCAGCGCUGCCAUUCUUUGCCACGGCUCGUCCCCACUGGAAGCUGGACCAAAGCGAUGCCGACUUUGUCGAUGUGAUCCACACAAAUGCGGGCGUGUACGGGAAGAUCGAGGCGUGCGGACAUGUCGAUUUCUACAUGAACGGUGGCCAAAAUCAACCGGGCUGUGAAAAAGAUUCAAAUCAACCCCUAUGCAGCCACAAAAUGUCGGCCGCCUACUUUGCGGAAUCGAUCAACAGCAAGCAUGGCUUCUGGGCGACACGCUGCACCAGUUACUUUGCAUACUUUUUCGGCUUCUGUAAGUAUCGCGUCGAGCAGCAGCAGCAGCAGCAGCAACAGUCGUCGAUCGAAGAUAGCAGCCGGCAGGAAGAAACGACGCAACCUGGCGUGGCCCUCGGCGAAAACAACAAUGUGCACGAUAACAAUCGCAUACUGAUGGGCGAGUACUGUUCGAAUACCGAUAUUCGGUUCUAUCUGUUUACCCGGUCGAACCCCGAUGAUCGACAGUACAUCCACAUCGACGAGACCUGGGAGCAGUCCAACCUCAGCUCCUCCUACUUUAAUCCCUCCCAUCCGGUUAAGGUGAUCAUCCAUGGCUACAAUGCUGACAUGUUUCUGACACCACUGAUCAACAUGAAAGGAGAGUACCUUGCCCGUGCGAACUACAACCUGUUCUACGUCGAUUGGAGUGAUCUUGCCCAUGGACCCUGCUAUCCAUCAGCCGUACACAAUACGCGCCAUGUUGGCAAAUGCAUCGGUCAACUUGUGCAGCGGAUCAUCGAUGCCGGUACGGAUAACAUUCAUCUGGUUGGAUUUUCACUCGGUGCACAGGUGACGAACUACGUGUCCACAACGGUACGGCCGUUCCGAUUGAAACGCAUCACAGGCCUCGAUCCCGCAAUGCCACUGUUCAUUACGGCCGCUGCGGACGAUAAGCUGGACCCUUCCGAUGCGGAGUUUGUGGAUGUGAUCCAUACCAACGCGCUGGUGCAGGGAAAGAUAGAACGCUGUGGGCAUGUGGACUUUUACAUAAAUGGAGGAAUUCUUCAGCCAGGCUGUUGGAGCUCGGGGCAAAAUCCAAUGGCUUGCAGUCAUCACCGGGCACCGGAUUACUAUGCCGAAUCGAUCCGCAGUCUGACCGGGUUUUGGGGCUGGAGCUGUCAAAGUUACGUGUAUUACCUGCUUGGCUUCUGCCCACAGAACAACCUGCAAGUUAUCGCCGGUGAAGAUUGUCCGUCCGGUACGGAAGGCAUGUUUCUCAUAACGACCAACGCGGCUUCACCGUUUGCGAUUGGCCGUUGGGCUGGAUUCAGCAUUCCUCAGAAGAAAGAUUCGGUGCUACACAAGCACGGACUAAACCGAGAUCCGUUCAUCAGCGAUAUCGAUCAGUGGGGAAAGCUGGAAAGCUCCUUCAACAACGUGGAUCACUUUCCGACACCAUACUCGCAGGAUCCAAACCACGCACAGGAUGAUGACGAGUGGCCAUACUUUAAUCACGUCGGUACCAAGGACCUCACGAAGGAACAUAUCAGGAAAAUUCUCGAACAAGACAAAUCACGCUACGGAGGUGGUGAUCAUGGACCGAUCGCUUCAAGCACACUAGCUACUACGGUCCCUACUACGGUGGCGUCACCUAGCGAUAACGAUAUCGACGAUGCGUUCUACCUGCAGGACUUGCGCCGCCGAUUACAGCAGAAGGAAGCGAGCGUAAUGCAAAACUACGCCAUGCCAAUGUUCAACGCGCACUAGUGCAGUUGUGCGGACCUGGUCGCCACCGUGUCUGAUUGUGGUGCACAACACUCCAUCGAUUUUACCAGAAGCAGCAGCAGUAGCGAGCAGUUCCCAAUGCAAACACGUCAUCUUUAUCUAAUUAAUGAGUCUCACACGUUCUGUGUAGCGCGGUGUGUAGAAAGUAAGCUAUGUAGACCAGAGGGUGUAGAAACAGGAACCGGUUCUUGGGACGGUAAACAGGAAACACAAUUAACUACACCCGUUCACCCUCCAGAACACCCCCCACCCCCCCAAAAAAGGCCCCAAUUCCAUUUGCCAUCGCCUUAGCUCAUUGUCAUUCGGUAGUCCAAUGUAAGAGACAGGUGUUAUUUUGUUAUACAUUUUCUUACCCCGAUAACUCCGUGCUUUAUGGAAAACGCGUUCAGGC